GAGGGUAAGCAAUAAUUUGUGGGAUAUGAAACUAGGAGGAUAGGCAGGAAACGUCGAGCAGAAAAGUUGUUUCUGCCAUCGUGACUCAAAUAUUUUCUUCCAAAAAUGAUGCAAUUUAUGCUUUUGUUCAGUCGCCAAGGAAAGCUUCGUCUUCAAAAAUGGUACUCAGCCCAGCCAGACAAAGCAAAGAAAAAGAUUACUAGAGAUCUUGUUGCAACCAUUUUGACACGAAAACCCAAAAUGUGCAGCUUUCUGGAAUGGAGAGAGUUGAAAAUUGUCUACAAACGGUAUGCUAGUCUGUACUUUUGCUGUGCAAUUGAACAAUCUGACAAUGAACUGCUCACCCUAGAAAUCAUCCAUCGCUAUGUUGAGUUACUUGACAAAUACUUUGGAAGUGUCUGUGAGUUGGAUAUCAUAUUUAAUUUUGAAAAAGCCUAUUUCAUGUUGGAUGAGCUGAUGCUUGGUGGUGAAGUGCAGGAGACCUCAAAAAAGAACGUUUUAAAAGCGAUUGCGGCUCAGGACCUACUGCAGGAGGAAGAGACGCCACAAGGAUUUUUCGAAGACCACGGACUCGGAUAAAUGAAACUGUAGCAACUCCAUCCUGUAAAGAGAUACGUGUCUCACGUUGACGCAUUUACAAAAGUCUUGCAGCUAUCCAUGUCGUCGAGCGUCGUACCUUCCUCAUUAACCUUAUUAAGACCUCGUUUUUCAGAAUCACUGUUCACUUUGUCAAAUGUUUUUGUGCUAACCCAAGGAGCAUCUAAUAUUCUUUAGCUAGGCUUUUCAAAAAGCAGAGCUUAGCAAUUUAACAUUCCAUUGUGUCGCUUUUCAGUUCUAUAUUUGUUUGCUUGCUCUAACCUACUACUCAAUACACGUCCUAGAUAGC